AACUAUAAAAAACAGCGAAAAAGACGCACUAUUUGUUUUCAUUCUACCCGUCUGCACCUGCAGGCCUUGCCUCCACCGCUAAAACCAUUAACUAACUACUAAACCAUCUCUCUCUAUUCAUUCAUAUAUUCCCCCACCCCAUCACACAAAUCAAACCUUCAAUCUCUGUUUUUUCUUUUUGUGUGCGUGUUUCCCAUAUUCAAUUCAACCACACGCGCGCACAAAAAGAAAACAAAAAAAAUGGGUUGUGGGAAAUCUAAACUCGAUGUUGUUGCUUCCGGUAACACCAUUCCCCAGAUCAAGAAAUCAUCCUCUCGUGUCGAUGCUUCAAAGGCUGGUCAUCAAAAUGGAACAGAAACCAAAUCCAUAGCCAACAACAAUGUUGACAAUGAUGUUUCAAAAUUGGAACAAAAGGGCGAUGAAAAUGUCAAACCCAAUGUGGUUGUUGCUCCUGAUGAGAUAACAAAUGUUCAGCAGCAAGAUAAUGCAUUGGAGACAAAGAAGAAUCAGGAAGAAGUUGAUGUUGCUGAGAAUAAGACACAAGAAAUUGUUGUUGCAGAGGAGAAAGACGUUUCAUUGGAAAAUACUAAUCAACCAGAAGCUGCAAAAGAAGAUAAAUUACCUGAAAAUGUAAAAGAAGAGACUUUGGUCAAGGAAGUUGAAGAAGAAACAAAUAAGGAAGAGACUUUGGUCAAGGAAGAAAAAGAAGAAGAAACCAAAGAAACAAAUGAGGAAGCUAAUUUGACCAAGGAAGAAGAAGUAAAAGAAACAAGUCAGGAAGAAAUCAAAGAAGCAGCUAAGGAAGAAGAAAUCAAAGAAGCAGCUAAGGACGAAGAGACCAAGGAAGCUGUUCAGGAAGAGAUUGUGGUUGUGGCCAAUGAAGAAAAAAACAAUGAGACAAAUGUUUCAACCUCUGAAGGUGGUGAAGAAAAAGAUGUCAAAGCUGAUGAGCAGGGACAAUAGAGAAUCGAAUUCGAAACUGGAUGGAGAUGAUACAGAAGUAGCAUAUUCAGUUCAGUAGUUGAGGAUGUUGUCUGUUUGAUAAUGUUACAAACUAAUUUGUGAGUCAUGUAUGUGUGCGGCUAUAUAUGUUUCAUGUUGAACAUGCAUUGUAUGUUCCUUAUUCUUUGAGUCCUCUUACAAAAGUUACUAUUGAACUGAAAUACAUAUUAUAUCAACUUUGAUUCAUCAUCUAAUAGCAUGUUUGUUUUGCGCGGUGGCUA